UCAUAAGCAUCUUUGGUGUUAGCACUAGCUUCUUCUCUGGUUUUUGUCAAUAAAGGUUCUUUUAGAAGCUAGCCAAGAUGGCGGAGUACGACCUGACCACCAGGAUAGCACAUUUUCUCGACCGGCAUUUGGUUUUUCCUCUUUUAGAGUUUCUCUCGGUGAAAGAGAUUUACAAUGAAAAAGAACUUCUCCAAGGGAAGCUGGAUCUCCUCAGUGACACUAAUAUGGUGGAUUUCGCCAUGGAUGUGUAUAAAAACCUGUACCCGGAUAAAGAGAUCCCACACUCUCUGAGGGAGAAGAGAAGUACAGUGGUGGCCCAGCUGAAGCAGCUCCAAUCAGAGACGGAGCCCAUUGUCAAGAUGUUUGAGGACCCAGAGACGACCCGGCAGAUGCAGUCAACAAGAGAUGGGAGGAUGCUCUUUGACUACCUGUCAGAGAAACAUAAUUUCCGUCAGGAGUACUUGGACACUCUGUACAGGUACGCAAAGUUUCAGUACGAGUGUGGAAACUAUUCUGGGGCUGCGGAGUACCUCUACUUCUUCCGUGUAUUGGUUCCUUCAACAGACAGGAAUGCUUUGAGCUCUCUGUGGGGGAAACUGGCCUCUGAGAUCCUGAUGCAGAACUGGGAAGCAGCCAUGGAGGAUCUGACUCGACUUAGGGAGACUAUUGAUAACAAUUCGGUGAGCUCUCCUCUCCAGUCACUCCAACAGAGGACCUGGCUCAUUCACUGGUCGCUCUUUGUUUUCUUCAAUCAUCCCAAAGGCAGGGACAACAUCAUAGAGCUCUUCUUGUACCAACCUCAGUACCUCAAUGCUAUCCAGACAAUGUGCCCACAUAUCUUGCGAUACCUUACAACUGCAGUCAUCACUAACAAAGACGUACGAAAGCGGAGACAAGUGUUGAAGGACCUUGUUAAAGUCAUUCAACAGGAGUCUUACACUUACAAGGACCCAAUCACAGAAUUCGUGGAGUGUCUCUACGUGAACUUUGACUUCGACAGCGCCCAGAAGAAGCUGAGGGAAUGCGAGUCGGUUCUUGUGAAUGACUUCUUCCUUGUUGCUUGCCUUGAGGACUUCAUUGAAAACGCUCGUCUCUUCAUAUUCGAGACCUUCUGUCGAAUUCAUCAGUGUAUCAGCAUCAGCAUGCUGGCAGACAAGCUCAACAUGACGCCUGAGGAGGCGGAGAGGUGGAUCGUCAACCUCAUCCGUAACGCCAGACUUGAUGCCAAAAUUGACUCUAAACUGGGUCACGUUGUGAUGGGCAACAACGCAGUGUCACCGUACCAGCAGGUGAUCGAGAAAACCAAGAGCUUGUCCUUCCGCAGCCAGAUGUUGGCCAUGAACAUUGAGAAGAAGGUGGCCCACAGCAACAGGAACGAGACACCAAACUGGGCCGCUCAAGACACCAGCUUCUAUUGAAAUGUUUGCGUACGGAGGAUGCAGAUAGCCCUCGGGAGGGGUUUUUGAAUACAUUAUGACCCUGCUUUUCCAUCAUUGUCAUAACCGGCUGUUUUAAUUCACGUAAGAAAAACUUGAAUUGUGAG